AUGAGCGCCUACAAUGCCCGAACCAAGCCGUGGAGAUACACCACAUCUCAGCGCCCAUUCCCAAGGAAUGCAAAAGAAGACAUGAAUGACACACGACGUCUCACCGCGUGGCAGGCUCAACCUAUUGCUAAAGACAUUAUCGAUGCAUAUGAGGGCACCUUUGGUAUUAAUUUCAAGUUUACCUGGGAUGAUGUUCCCACUCUCGACUCGGAAGAAACGUCGUCCAAGCACCCAGGCCGUAUCAAUGGGACUACCGUCAAAGUGAUCAACAAAGAUACCCUUGACGCUGCAAUUGCUCUUGAAGCUGCAGAGGAUAUCUUGGAAGUAGCCAGAAAGACUCGUGUCCUUGUCCUCAACUUCGCCAACGCAACCACUCCCGGAGGAGAUUGGAAGGCUGGAGCCACAGCUCAGGAGGAACAAAUUGUGUAUCGCACCACUUUGAUCCACCAUGGACUUGAUUCAAAGUUAUACCCAUUGAAGGCCAAGGAAGGCGUCUACACCAGCAAUGUUCUGGUUCUCCGUGAGAACCAGAACAAGGGAUACUUCAAGAUGUGGAUCGACAGACCCGAAUGUCUUCCUUUGAUCUCGGUCGUCUCCGUGGCUGCAGAAGCAAGCCCAGCGCUGGAUCUGACCCGCAAGAAAUACGCCGGUGCUGAACAGCGCGAGCGAAUGGAGAACACUAUGCGCAGCAUUUUGCGCUUGGCAGCUGAUCAUGGACAUACACGACUUGUUCUCGGCGCCUUGGGAUGUGGUGUGUUUGGUCAUCCACCUCAAGAGGUCGCAGAUUGCUGGCGGAGAGUUCUCACGGCGGCUGAAUUCAAAGCAUGGUUUGAUAUCAUCGUCUUUGCGGUCUACGACCCGGCUAACGACACGAACUUCAAAACGUUCCACGCAAUUUUGCAUGACCUAGAAAUCUGA